GGAAUUGGCUGCAGUAAACACAGUGUUAAGAACUUCCUCUUGCAAUGGGGAUUGUCAUCAGUAAAGCUACGGAUGGGCUCGGCGACCUGCUUGAAAAAACAUUUUUGUCUCCAUUUAAGACUAUGUUUGAUGGAUCAUGCCAGGAGUGUUCAGGACCUUGGGAUUUGGUUUGUUUCAUUGAGCAUCUAUGCGUCUCCAAUCUGUUGAAACUGCUGAUGAUCCUGGUCCUUUGUUACAUAACAUUACUAUUCUUCUAUUUAGUGUUCAAGUUGGGGAUCUUCCAAUGCAUUGGAAAAAGCCUCUGUAAAAUGUGCUGGGCUGCAUGUGAGACAUAUUGGUUUGCGCUACAUGAUAUUUGUAGUUUCGUGUGGUACAAGUUGAGGAACACUAAGAGGGUAAACCGUCGUCGCCGACGCCAUCUCCGCCACCACCAAUUUCGAGACAUUGAACAAGGCUACAGUUCAAGUGGGGAUAAUGAGUUGUGGGACAAUUAUCGUAAUCUUAAUGUUAGUAGAAAGCGAAAGUCACUCAGCAGGAGAAGAAAAGAUAGGGUGCAGAGCUCUGUUAACCGUUCGAGUAGGCAUGGCACUCGCAGCCACCAUCAUCGUCAUGUAAGGUUAAAGUCUAGGAGUAUGUCUGUUCGCGUUACGGGCAGAUCUCAAAGACUAAAAAGCUCGAGACGUGUGAAAAUAAGCAAGGUAACAAAUGUUCGAAGGAAAACCAGAACUUCUAAGAGGAGGAGGCUUAGGUGAUUGUCAAUGAUUCUGAAAUUAGUU